GGGCAAUAGACUCGGAAAGCACUCUAAGCUCGGCCAUCCAGAUUGAGGGGAACCCUCAUAACAAAAGUAGCCUGGUGCGAGUUUCGACAACGUCGCAAGAGGGCGAGUGUAUGAUGAGAGCCACAGCAAUAGUGGUCAUAAGAGGUUGGCUGUUCUCCAGUGUCUCAGGCAGAGCAUCAGUCGUGGCAACCACAAAUGCUUGCAACUGUUUCCCUUGCCUAGCAAAAGCAUGUGGCCCUGAGUUAGAUCGGUAUCGAGGGCACUUGGUUAAGAGAGUGGCUCGCGAGGGUUGCUCACCAUCUUGGAGUCUUGUGAUCUUGCUUCGUGCUGGAGGGGGAUGGGCUGACUGUCAGUGCAUCGGGUGAACUUUCUGAUGCGUCGGCGUUUGGAUUCAUACGUUGUCCUCAGGGCUCUGUUCAACAAGUAGCAAGGAGAAACCCUACACUAUCCUUGUCAUACGAUGGCUGAUCGAUCGUUGGAAAAGCUCCAGGAAGUUGUAUUUACGACGAAUUUUUUAAAAUAAC